AUGUUACGUUGGAUGUGCGGCGUGACGAGGCUCGACAAGAUUCGCAACGAGUAUGUGCGCGGUAGCCUCGGUGUACGUGACGUGGCUGACAAACUGCAGGAAAACCGGCUGCGUUGGUAUGGGCAUGUUAAAAGAAGACCGCCUGAGUACAUUGGCAACGUGGCACUCGACUUCAAUAUUACUGGUCAGCGACGUAGAGGAAGACCUAAGCUGAGAUGGUUGAGUGUCGUGGAGAAAGACAUGGAGAGUUGCGGGUUAUCCGAAGACGAUGUCCAGGAUAGGGCAAAGUGGAGGAAGAACACCUUCACGGCAGAGUAG